AUGGAAUUGGCUCUCCAAAAUGCCGUGACUCGGUUUCAGGAGCUUCACCCUGAAUCGCGACGACUGCAUGAGCUGGCACUCGAAAGUUUGCCAGGAGGAAACACCCGUACACUGCUGCACACCGCUCCUUUCCCGGUGUUUAUGCGCAAGGGCGAAGGCUCUCAACUGUGGGAUGAGGAUGGGAAUAAAUAUUACGACCUAGUGGGCGAGCUAUCUGCUGGGCUUUUUGGACAUUCGCAUCCGACAUUGCAGAAGGUGCUUACUGAUACCAUCCAAAAUGUAGGACUCAGUCUAGGAGCUACCAAUGUUUAUGAGCAGCAAUAUGCCUCGCUUCUGUGCAAGCGAUUUGGACUCGAGCGCCUCAGAUUUACCAACUCUGGAACGGAAGCAAACCUGCACUGCCUUGCUGCCGCUAGAAAAUUUACAGGCCGACGCAAAGUCAUGGUCUUUCGCGGUGCAUACCACGGCAGCGUGCUGUCUUUUGGAGAUGGCAUCCCGGAAAACAACGUCGACCAGAACGAUUGGGUGCUGGUCCAAUACAACGAUUCGAACGGCGUGCAGGAAGCUUUCGCUCAACAUGAUGAUAUUGCCGCGGUCAUUUUGGAGGGGAUUCAAGGCUCCGGCGGCUUUAUUUCUGGGUCUACGGACUUCUUGCGAACCAUUCGGGAACAGAGCGAGAAGGCUGGGGCGUUGAUGAUCCUGGAUGAGGUGAUGACAUCCCGACUAGCACCCGGAGGACUGAAGGAAACGCUUGAAGUGAAGCCAGAUCUUGUUACUCUGGGCAAAUAUUUAGGUGGAGGUUUGCCAUUCGGGGCUUUUGGUGGGCGACAAGACAUUAUGGACGUGUUCAGUCCUCUCACACCAGGGGCUCUGGCACAUUCCGGUACCUUCCAGAACAACACCUUAAUGCUCCAUGCUGGAUAUGCUGGGCUCUCUGAGGUGUAUACACCCAAGGUUGUGCACGCAUGCAAUUCUCAAGGCGACGAUUUGCGUCGACGCUUGCAGCAGAUCUUUGCAGGGUCCAAGUUUUGUGUCACGGGCCAAGGUUCUCUCAUGUACAUUCAUGCAACUGAAACAAGGCUUUUGCCGGAGCAGAUCACUCGACGGGAUGAUGUUGGGGCGGUAGAGUCAACUGAACUCAAGAAGCUUUUCUGGCUGGAACUCGUGAAUGCCGGAUUUUGGGUGCAGAUUCGUGGGGCGAUCAUCCUGAAUAUCGUUACACCUGCUUCGGCAAUCGAUGCAUUUGUUGCAGCCGUUGAGGGAUUUUGUAGCAGACACAGGGAUUUGAUUUAG